GCAGAGCAAAAGCGCAUUUGUACGGACCUGCACAAGCAGGCAUCGGAUUAACACGUGAAUUGGUCAUUGAGGCAUAUAUCUUUACGGUGAGACAAGUCAGAGUUCGGUUUUGGCGCACCGCUAGCUGCCUUUUGGCCCCUCAGACCACAGUGCUGCAGUGAUAUCUAGCUCGUGCCGCAAUUCGUGCCGCCAUCGCACGCCAACGACGCGAACAACCAUGCGUGCAAUCAUUCUCGUAAUCUUGACCAGCAUCCGGGCCUGGACGCCGUCGCCGCGCCCUCGACGCUGCAACGCGCUGCGCGCCCACCCGGCCUUCAAGCAGAAGAAGGACCCGAAAUACAGCCUCGAGGCCGCCGUCGAGGCCGGUGAGGCCGCGCAGCGCGCGAGCGUGCCGCAGUCCUUCGACGACGUGCUCGACGAGAUGGGCGCGAGCGUGGGCGCGGCGCUCGACUCCGGCGGGGCGCGGUUCCUCGUGGAAUGUUUACCGCCGGGCCUGAACCCGGAGCUCGAGAUGACGUGCCCCUACGACCCGUCGCGGGAGCUCGCCGUCGUCCAGGCGCUGCUGAACGCGAUCCCGCGCCGCGUGAUCCGCGUGGCGUGCCCCUCGGCGGGCGACGCGGCGAUGGCGGCGCGCGCGUUGGAUAUCGAAGGAUGCUCGUUCUGUGGUUUGUCGUCAGCGCCGGGCGCGGGCAAGGACCCGGCCGGCGUCGUCAAGCGCGUUUUUGGGAAAGCGCCGGACGUGCCCGACUGCGUGCUCGUUGUGAGGCCGCGGAACUCGGUCGGCGACCCGGUGAUCGAGGACGUGACGACUUGUGUAGAAAUCAAAAUUCCACGGCACCUUCGCAUCGACCUCCACGCCAUCGACGCGACGCCUGCUGAUUCCACACAGGUGAUGACCUGCGCCGAGGCGGCCGGGGGCGUCGGCGCGAGCGUCGUGCUGCUGAACCCCGACCUCGGGAUGAAGGUCGCGCUCGGCAUCCAUCAAAAGGACCGGUGGGCGGCGUUCGUGCGCUCGUUCGCGUCUGGAUCUGUGCAGAAAUCAACCCGUGCGUCGACGAUGCGCGGCCGUGAAAUCUUGGUUUCCGCACAGGCCGGCCUACCACUUCUCGAACUGGUGCGCGUUCGCGCGGCCGAGCUGCCGGCAGAUCGAGCGCGGGCUCGUGCGAUAUACCCAUUCAGGGCAGUGGGAGGGCUUCCACGCGAUCCCGCAGCUCGACGAGUUCAACGGGGAUUUGAAGCGGUAUGGUCGGCCCUUCGGCGCCGAGGGCGCGCCGCCGAUGCCCUUCUUGCGAGCGUUCGGCGGCGCCGAGCGGCUCUCGCGCGACGACCUCGCGCGCGAGAUGAAGCACGGGGCGAAGCUUGCGAAGGUCCUACGGGCUGCGUAAUCAGAUG